UUUUUUAGGUGAACCAUAUUUUACAUAGCAGCCACGACGCAUUAGCUCAUUCAGUUCCACGAUGUCCUCCUAUCUUUUAGGGGACUCGUGGCCAAUUAGGCCAACCUGGUCAAAGUAUAUGAAAGAAUCUACUUACAGACAUGAUUUUGGGGCAGCAAAGAAUUCAAACUUUACCAGGCCCAUCCCUCAGACAUAUUACAACACUGAGGAAAUGAAUCAGCGGCUAUAUCAACCACGCCCUCGAAGGGCAAGGGAUGAUAUGAGAAUACCUAUAGAUCAAGGCAGAGGUUACAACGACAGACAAGAAGGACCGUAUACCGACAGGGGUGGCUACUAUGACCGUCGAUAUCAAGAUGAUCACCAUUAUAAUGACGGUUCAUACACAGAUCGACCGCGAUAUGAUAGGCGUGAAGACAUGAAUGGACCAUCAGAUAGGGGGUACGAUAGACGGCCAGAUGAUCGGGAUCGGGGUGCGUACACAGACAGGGGAGGAUACGAAAGACGAGAUAUGAAUGGCCCAGACAGAAGAUUUGAAAGACCACCAGAAAGAGAUGUUUCACCAGACAGACGUAGAUUCAAUGAUCCUCCUUCUUCAUAUAAUGAAGUACAAUUACAGGAUAAGUAUGGCAAUAGAACAACACAGAAAGAUUACGGAGAUUUUUCACAGCGAACCAGAGGACAAAUGGAUAAGCCAAAGCCUUAUAGAGGAGAAAUUGAUAAAGAGAUGGAAUCUUUUCAUAAUAAGAUACAGCAUACUAAUGAUGCUAGCAGAUUAGAACAAAGACCAUUAGAUGAUUUCGAUUAUGAAUAUGACUUCAACGAUGUAGAUAUUCCAGAAUCUUCUAGGUUAAAGGGAUACUACCGUUUUAAACAAAUUCCAUACCACAAUAGAAUGCUUUUAAAUGACAACUAUGAUAAAAUAAGCCCACCAGGCGCUGCUCAACAUAAAAAAGAUUAUAACAGAAUCGAAAUGCAUGAAGGCAAUUUCAAACCAUACGCUUCACAUGCUUACUACACACAUCUGACGAAUCGCAAUCCGACGCCUCGUGAUAUUCAACAGCCGGAUACACCGGAUGUACCACGUGAUAGAAAUGGACAUUAUAUUGAUGACAUAUAUCUCCGUCCUGAGGAGAAACAGGUCCGACACAGGAAUAUGGAAUUUGAAUAUGACACUCAACAACGCCUGCCACUUAACAUUGCUCCACAGACUGACUACAAGUCGAAUAUCCAGCGUCCUGCUCGUUCUGAAAGUGGAGCUUACCUAUUCAUCAGAACUCAGAAGGAUGCUAUGUUUGAUAUUAAGAGAUCCUUCCAAAGACACAAGAGUAUUUUAAAGAUGUCUGGUCACUUAAAAGGCAUAGCAACUCCAGAUAAGAUUAGUGUAAUGGGAGAUUUCACAAACUGGCAUAUAAAGUCUCCGAUGAUAAGGAAAGGGGACUACUGGUAUGAGCAAACUGGGAGUAGAAACGAGGAAUAUGCAACGGACUAUGUCAUAUUGUGUCUAUGGUUUCCUUCUGUGGAUCAGGCUAAAACAUGGGUUCAUUAUGAUGUUGAUUUCAAGAUUUCCUCCUUCCCAGAACCAUACGGAGUGGAACUUCUUAUUUUACCUAUAAAUUAUAUUCCUAUGAACGAUAUUGAAUGCAGUACCUAUGUAGUGACAGAAUAUCCAGACGUCAUGAAUAAACAAGCUUUGAAUAAAUAUGUAAAAGAACCAAUGGAAGACCUUCUUACCAAGGAUAGUAAAUACCAGAGAGGUGAACCGUUUGUUGUUUGGACUGACAGGAUAGUUAAUGAGAGAGGAAUGUGGACAACGUCACGAACAAUGGUCGCUGUUCAUAGAUUCACUUCAUUGAAUCAAGCCAGGGAAUUCUACAACGAUCCUCGAAUAGAAAGAAUGAGAAGGGAGCUGAAAGACAUUACAAAAGGUGGAAGACACACAACUGUAAUGUUCCAACUCGUUGACUUUGUCUAAACUCAGAUGGAAUAUCAGAACUCAUUCAAAUUCAAUCAAAGUAUUGGCUGUGAUGAACUAGAGAUUCUGUGAUUAAACUGACAUUCUGUUAAUAUGUCAUCUUAUUUAUUACUUUUUUAUCCAAAUACAUCAAGUUUCAACCGCUUAACAAGUAGCAUGUUAACAUUUAGUUAAAAUAUGUUUAUAAGUACAGCUGCACCAUUGAAAUUGAUUUACAAAAGUUACAGAUUUAUAAAAGUAUGGGGCAGAUUUAGUGUAGAUAUGAUAUCCUUCAAUUAGAAGAAUCAAAAUAUUUGAGUACUUGGAUGAUAUUGUUAUUCUUCACUGCUAAUAGUUCACCUACGUUGCACACAAUUUUUAAUAUUAAGGCACUAUCUAAAAGUUGAUAGAUUUUUUUCUUGAAGUAUUACAUAUCUAAUGUCUUAUUUGCCGUUUCAGAAAAACAAGCAUUUUGGGUAGUAUUUUCAUAGGCGUACACCAAAACGUCGUGUUUGGUUAGACACGUCAUCAAUAAUGAAAAUUCAACGAUGACGUGGUGUUGGUUUAAUUUUGUGGUACGAAGAAUGAAUUAUUCAUAGUCCUUUAGAUUCUGAAACGGCGAAUUAUCUUAUCACUUGUUCAAUCACUCAAGCAUAUGUGUUAUGCAAUAUUGGAUAUUACUAUUUAAGUCUUAUUUAUCAGAUAUGAUCAAACACUUAGCUGACUAAAAUGUUUGGACUUACAAUAUUAGUUUAUUUUUUAACUACAUUAUAUAAUUUGGUCACGAUUUCUGAUAUAGUUACAAAGUCACAAGUGAGUUAUCUUUCUUAGACCACUACUCUUAAUCUUAUUAUUCACCGCUGAUUAGUUUACUUGUUGCACUACAAAACACUUCGUCAUUUUCUUUGUUACAUCAUAGUAUGUAUAAGUAUCAUUGUUUUAUAUACCUGGGUUAUAAUUGUUCAGAAAAAGUUGUCAGUUUAUGUUUUAUUUAUAUAAUAAAGAAGAUAUUUUCA